GGGGCUAUCCCUGUCCCUGUCCCCAUCUAUGUCCCCUCCCCCAGGUCCCACCACCUCCCUCCCUGUCCCCGAGCCUUGGGGACAGGCGGUGACGUCACUGCUGCAGUCGCUGCUACCCGCGGGGACAGCGAGGGGACACCAGGGGACAGCCAGGCCACCCCCGGGUCCCCUCGGGUGGCUCCGGGCUUUGGGGACGUGGCUGCAGGGACCGAGGGGACCUUGGGGACACCGGGGAACCCCGGAGGGACCCUGGGGACGUCCCCAAGGAGCCGCGGGGUGGCAGCGAGGGGAGGGGACAGAGGGAACAGGUCCCCAAAGGGAGGGGACAAUGGGGACAGGUCCCCAAAGGGAGAGGACAGUGGGGACAGGUCCCGAAAUGCCACUCCCGCCUGUCCCGGGACAGGCGACGCGUCCCCAAAAUGAGGGGACAGUGGUGACAGGUCCCCAAAUGCCACUUCCACCUGUCCCAGCACAGGGGACACGUCCCCAAGGACAAGGGAUGUGUCCCCAAGGGCCACUCCAGCCUGUCCCGGGACAGGGGGCAGCGGGGACAGGUCCCCAAGGACACGGGACAGGUCCCCAAAUGCCACUCCAGCAUCUCUUGGGACAGGGGACAAUGGGGACGGGUCCCAAAGGACAUGGGACACGUCCCCAAGGGCCACUCCAGCCUGUCCCGGGACAGGGGACAGGGAGGACAGGUCCCUGGGGACAGGGGACAUGUCCCCAAGGAACGGGGACAGCGGGGACAGGUCCCCAAGAUGAGGGGACAGGUCCCCAAAUGCCACUCCCACCUGUCCCAGGACAGGGGACAGGUCCCCAAGGAACGGGGAGAGUGGGGACAGGUCCCCGAGGGGAGGUGACAGAAGGGACGCGUCCCCGGUGGCUGCUGCCACCACCCCCGGCACAGGGGACAGGUGGCCAGGAGCAGGUGACAAGUGGUCAGCAGCAGGGGACACCUCGCCAGGGCCACCUCCCGCCCCCGCUCGGGGACACCGCCAGUCACGACACGUCCGGCGACAGCGACCACAGCGCCAGCCGCGGUUUGGGACACUCGGAGGAGCCGCUCUAGCGCCGGGCAUGUCGCCGUGUCGCUGUCGCGAUAUCAUUGUCGUCGUGUCGCUGUCGCCGGGGAUGUGGUCGUGUCGCUGUCGCCGUGCCGCUGUCGCGAAAUCGUUGUCGCGGCGCCGCUGUCGCGGUGUCGCUGCGUCCCCCUGUCCCCAUGGCGAUGUCCCUUCCCUGUCCCCGUGUCCCCAAUAAAGGUGAAACAGCA